AGUGAUACUUGAACAGGUGAUUUUUGUUGUGUUUAGUACUCUCCAAGCAAAAACGUUUCUGUAAUUAGUGAAAAACUCAGCAAAAUCCUAGAUAAAAUAAAUAAAGCUUCCCAUUUAAAUUAUCAGAGAAAUCACACGAAGAUGCGGUGUUCAGUAAAAUAUUGUCAGAGUGUACAUCAAUCGAGAAACAUCAAUUCAAGAGCCUCAUUUCACAAAUUACCUGAAAAUGAAGAGGAACGAAAAAUUUGGCUACAGCGAAUAAAUAUAAAUCCCGAUGCAAAAAAAGUUCGUGUAUGCAGUUUUCAUUUCAGACCAGAGGAUAUUUUGAAGAAACGUAUAAGGAUGAAAUUGAGAGGUUUCCUAAGGAAAGGAGCUCUUCCAGAACCGAUGCCAGAGAGUGAUGAUAAAGUAAAGAAAUGUCAAAUAUGUGAGGCCACUAAGGAUCUCUUGGAUACUUACUCUUCGUUGUAUAACUUUCUCCAGAAGAGGCUCAAUGAAAUAACUUAUUCUAAGAAAUCUAAGGUAAAAAUGAACAAUUGGCUGAGAUUUAUUUGCACUUGUUGCAAGGAGAAAGUCGAUGAUCUCUGGGAGUUUAAGAUUCGCUAUCAGAAUGCUUAUAACAAGUUUGUAGAUGACCAAAAGCAGUCGCUUAAAAAAAUGCGUAUUAAGAAGGUUUACGCGUCCCAGAGCAGCUAUGUUGAGGCUCAGGUACAGCCUUUGAAAGCGAAUGAACCGAUGAUAUGCGAGGAAAUGAAAGAGUUCCAAGAAAAUUCCCUAAAAGAUCCCGAAGCUGCUCAACUCAGAACAGUCAGAUUCAAUUCAAACGAUGACGAAAAAUUAUUUGAUGUCAAGCCCGAAAUCAUAGAUUCUGGUUAUGUUCUCAAUGAUCCUGAGAGGAUUGCUGAAGGGAAAUGUUCAGGAAAUCUCUUUCCUGAAGAAAAUUCUCAAUCUUUUGACAUAGCUCCGGUCGUGGAAGAGACAAAAAUUAGUAUUGUCGCGAUUCCUCCAAUGAUCGAAAACUUUGAACCACUGAAAGAGCACGGUUAUGCUAUGCCCUAUUCGUCAAAUUCCCAUCCAAAAGAUGAAGUUAAGCAAGAGAUUGAGGAAAUGGAAGAAAUCGUUACGAAGUAUGAUUUUUCUCCAUACCAAUUUGCAUCUGUUUCCGAAGCAAACAACCAAACGAAUGAAAUUGAACCGUAUACUGUAAUUAUGAAUCCUUCCACGUCUGCUGAUUCCGGAAAUUCCGAAGCAAACAAUUUGGCCAGUUUGAAGAUCAAAUCAAAGGGAAUUAAUGAAAUAACGAAAGAUGAGAAUCCAUCCUGGAGAAACUCCCUACGAGUGCACCAAUUAUCUGAAAAAGUUCCACAACAGAGGUACUUUGUUAAGCAAUACACUCCCUAAAAAUAAUUCAAAUAUCCUGAUACCCCUGGCAGGAAACUUUGAAAACAAAAAAAGAAGUUUUGUAAGAAUAAUCUUGAAUUUGAAAUAAACUUCAGUAAAAUA